AUGUCGGUCGCGCCGUCGCGAGCAAGAAGCCGGAGUCGGGCGCCUAGCAUGCGGGCACCUCCUCCAGGACCGAUUGUUGUCGAUGGUCAACUGUUGUCGAGUCCGCGGACACCGAUUGUGGUCGACAUGCCAGUCCGGUCCAUCAGUCGAGCGAGGAGCAUCGGUGCCAGGAGUGUGAGGAGUCGACAUGGACCGGUCAUGGACACGCCAGGACUGAGUGGGGGGAGAGGCAUGUUCAAGAGACUCAUCGUUGCGUGUGACGGGACAUGGCUGAACUCGGACGACGGAGAGAAAAAUGGUGACCUUGCCAUUCCAAGUAAUGUCACUCGGAUAUCUCGCGCCAUAAAGUCAGUCAGUCAAGACGGCAUCCCGCAAAUCGUAAACUACACGUCCGGCGUAGGAACAGAAGGCGGACCACUGUACAAACUCAUCUCCGGCACCACCGGAAAAGGCGUCCCAGAAAAUGUCCGCGAAGCAUACGCAUUUCUGGCCAACAACUACCAUCAUGGCGACGAAAUCUUCCUCAUCGGCUUCUCGCGCGGCGCAUUCACAGCGCGUAGCAUCGCAGGCUUGAUAGGCGAGAUCGGCCUGCUCACCAAGAAGGGCCUGAACGACUUGCCGGAAGUAUACGAGGACUGCCAGCACAGACGAGACCCGAGCUACGUGCCCAAACACCCAGACAUCCCGUUCCCACGCAAGCCCAGCGCCAGUGAUCCCCGGUAUGUCGAUGAGCUGGAACGCCGCGGGUUGACGAGGCUGGAUAUCCCGAUCAAAGCCAUUGCGGUCUGGGAUACGGUCGGCAGCCUCGGAAUACCGAGGAUUGGACUGCUACAACGCGCGAGGCUGCAGAACAAACAAUCCCGUGCCACAACGUUCUACGACACGAAACUGAGUAAUUGCGUGGAGAACGCGUUCCAGGCGCUCGCGCUCGACGAGAAUAGAUCUUCCUUUUCGCCAGCCGUGUGGGAGAAGCCUGAGGGCAAUCGAACCACGCUGCGGCAAGUGUGGUUUCCAGGUGUGCAUGCGAAUGUAGGCGGUGGAUAUGAUGACAUGCAGCUUGCGAAUAUCACUCUCGCGUGGAUGAUGAGCCAGCUGGAGCCAUUUCUGGAGAUGCGGGAGGAGUUUUUGUUUGAGCAGGAUACACUGAACGAGGACUACUACAAGGAGGUUGGGCAGGGAAUUCGGCCGUGGAGUUUUGGGAAGAUAUAUAAUGAGCAGAAGGGCGUCAUGGCUGUCGGGGGACGGACGAUCCGCACACCGGGCCAAUACCACGCCGUCGACCCCUUCAGCGGCCGCACAACAGACCGGCCCUUGCGGCAAACAAACGAAUACAUCCACCCCUCCGUGCGGACACGCUUCCGUCUCCAAGGCCCCGGACAACUGGACCGCGGCGACUACGAGGCCCGCGCGCUGACCGACAGCUACAAGCUCACCGUCGACUACGGGCCCAACCGCGAGCGCGCCGGUGACCCCGAAAUCUACUGGCGCAUCAAGUGGCGGGACACGGACGCAGUGAAGAUCCUCCCUGAAGCGCCACUCUGGCGGCUGGAGAGAGAACUCGCGCGGAAGGAUCCAGACACGUAUGACUACAUUAAGCGGCCGCCACCCACGAAGACGCGCGACUCGAAACGUCGUAGCCAGAGGCCGAUGAGUGCAGACAUGAGCUCGAGAGUGCCGACGACGCCCGGCGGCGCGAGCGUGGCUAGCAAGAGGAGGAGAGACACGAUGCGAGAUCCCAUGACGCCGCGCAGCACGUUUGCACUAGAUGAGAAGGCGGACGCGCGUAGUGUGCGAAGAAGGAGCGUGGUAGAGCGGAACGGGAGAGCGAGAAGUAGGCCCAGGACCAGUGUGUAUGAUGGCGGUGAGACGGAGAUUAGGGACAGUAUGCCACAUAGGAACGAGAAGGAUAAAGCGUGGUGGGAGGGCCGGAAGAGGUGA